AUGUCGUCGAAUGCUUCUUCAUCAGGCAUCGAAAGUGAUACAGAUAGUUCACCUAGUUUUAAUGAAGAUAAAGAUAAUCAAUCAAUAUCUGAUAUAAAUAAUGUCAAUGAUGAAUCAAUUGAUACAUUAAUUAAUGAUAACGAUGAUGAAGGUUUUAUUAAUAUGAGUUUUGAAACAGAUGAAUCAAAUAUGGUGUCUGAUACUAAGAAGCAAUCUAAUGAAAAUCUUAAUAGUGAACCAAUAACAUCAAUUACAUUGAAGUCAAUUCAUAACAACAAGCCUUGUCAUUUUCCUUAUUCAACACGAAAUCCAUACGAUGAUGAUACAUCUCCGCCUUCUGUAGUUGAAGAUUGGGACGAAGAAUGUAAAGUCAUCGAACCUUAUUAUUUUCCUAGUUACAUACGUCGAGCUCAGUGGCCGAACCAUUGGCGCUGGACGCCACCACUCGGUAUUCGUCGUACAUGUACACAACAAUUACAUCGUAAUCUCGGUUUUGAACCAACCGGUCUUUAUGAUGAUAUUGAUAGUUUACCAUUAAACAUCAAUCUUCGUCAUUUUACAUUUAAUUUUCAAUAA